ACGAUGGAAUCCGUCGAAGAAUUCCGAAAGGGUCAGCACUCUGAAGGUCCGGCUACCAUCCUGGCAAUUGGUACUGCCGUUCCAUCCAAUUGUGUUUUGCAAGCUGAUUAUCCUGAUUUUUUGUUUCGCACCACCAACAGCGAGCACAUGAUUCGGCUAAAAGAAAAAUUCAAACUCAUGUGUGAAAAAACAAUGAUAAGGAAACGACACAUGUACCUGACUGAAGAAAUACUCAAGAAAAACCCUGGUCUUUGCAGCUUUAUGAAACCAUCUCUCGACAAGCGCCAAGAAAUGACAGAGCCAGAGAUUCCAAAGUUAGCAAAGGAAGCAGCCAUCAAAGCCUUAGAGGAGUGGGGGAAACCCAAGUCUAAUAUCACUCACCUUGUCUUUUGCACCACAUCAUGCGUCGCCAUUCCUGGUCCAGACUACCACCUCAUCAAGCUCCUAGGCCUCCCUCCCUCCGUCAACCGCACCAUGACGUGCCUGAACGGUUGUUUUGCUGGUGCCGCUGCCCUUCGCCUCGCAAAGGACCUGACUGAGAACAACAAAGGAGCCCGAGUUCUCGUUGUCUGUUCUGAGAUCAUGACCUUCAAUUUUCGCGCUCCCUCGGAGGCCCAUAUGGAUUUUCUUGUUGGGCAGGCAAUCUUCGGAGAUGGAGCUGCGGCUGCCGUAGUUGGUGCUGAUCCCGACAUUCUUAUCGAGCGACCAAUAUUCAUAUUGGCGCACACAGCACAGGCUAUCCUACCGGAUUCAGAGGGAGCGGUUGAGGGGCACUUGCGGGAAUUCGGGAUGACAUUACAAUUACUAAGAAACGUUCCACAGUUGAUCGCUGACAAUAUGCAGAAUGUUUUGGAGGAGGCUUUUACUCCUGUCGGCAUAAAAGAUUGGAACUCGAUAUUUUGGAUAGCUCACCCUGGCGGGCGGGCAAUUUUUGACUUUCUCGAAGCAAAGCUCGGGUUAAAAGAGGAGAAAUUACGGGCUAGCCGUCAUGUGCUGAGCGAGUAUGGAAACAUGGCUGGUGGGUCUGUCUUUUUUGUAUUGGAUGAUAUGCGGAAGAAAUCUAUAGAGAAAGGGAAGGUCACGACUGGUGAGGGAUUAGAUUGGGGCGUCCUAGUCGGAUGCGGGCCAGGCUUGACGGCGGAAGCGGUUGUGCUGCAUAGCGUUGCAAUUGAUCACUCUGCAUAG